GGAACAUGCAGAGCAAUGGAGGAUGGAAGGGAGGAGGAAUGGGCCGGGCCGGGCCUGGGAUGAGGGGUGUGGUUGGGUAUAAACCAGGGGACAGUGGAGUUUCUGUUGUUGUCCUGUCCCUCCUGGCGUUCUGCUCCCCUUCAUCCACUCUCUUUUUUUUCUGGUUUUUCCCUUCUCCUCCUUCCUCUCACGCUCCCAGUGGAGUUGGGACUCUUCCUCGGCAGAGUCCUGUCAGAUUCGCAGCGUCUGUCCAUUUUUUGGGGGGGAGCUCCAACAGAAGCCAGAAAACCAUGCUGAGAGUUUUGGCGUUGGCGUCAGUGGUCCUCCUGGGAAUAGCACCCCAGGCAUCCCAGGCCAUUACUGUUUACACCAGCUGGGAGCGCCACGCCCUGGUGGGCUCAGACGUCAGACUGUCCUGCACAUUCUUCUCCUGGCGCUUCAUUUCCGACGAUGUUUCCUUCACCUGGAGAUACAGAGCAGACGGCUCGCGGGACACCGUCUCUAUCGCCCACUAUGCCGGUGGUGAGGCCUACACUGACAACAAAGGCGUGUUCAAGGACAGGGUGGAGUUCGUGGGGAACCCGAAACGUCGUGAUGGCUCCAUCCUGAUCAAAAACUUGGAUUUCAGCGACAACGGCACCUUCACCUGCGACGCCAAGAACCCCCCUGACAUCGUGGGGCGCCCCUCCAGCGUCCGGCUGCUGGUCUUUGAGAACUUGCCCAUCCAAGCGGGUGUGAUCACGGGGGCCAUCAUCGGUGUGGUGCUGGGCCUGCUGGUGCUGAUUGUGGUCAUCUACUAUCUAAUGAGGUUCCUGGUGGCGCGUCGUGUCUUCAGCCUUAACGUCAGCAAACAUGGCAAGAAAAAGAAAGAGGGAUCACAGCAGAGACAGGGCCCCGCGCCUCCCGCUGACCCCUCCAAGAUGAAGGCGGCCGCCUCGGAAAAGAAGAAGCAGGAGUCCCGCAAGGAUAAGAAAUAGGAUACGGGGCAGGGCUGGGGCGGGCUGCUCCAGCCCCUGCACCAGAUAAAGGUCUGACUUCUCCAUGACUGCCUCCACUCCUCUAGUCUGCUCCCUCUUUUUCUGCCCAGCCUGAUGCAACCCCCAUUUUUUUCCAUUAUCUGUACUCUCUCAAGACAGCACUGGCUGUAAGAAUAGCCCCCCGUAUUUCACUGUGCAACAGUGUCAAAUAAUUUUUACAACGCCUCAUCGAAGACGGCGUUUGCGAUCACUGGGCUAACUGUAAAAGUCUUUAAGGCCUAGCUAUGCACAUAACUCGACAGACCACCCCUCAUGUGUUUAGAAUCUUCCCCCUUCACUUUAAUGUUUACGACUCAAUCACGUCCACCGAGCGGAGCUGCCAGCGCACACUGGACUUCACGUAGAGGAAAAACAGAGCGUGAUAGCCAGAGAGAAAUAUGAUUCCUGCUCUCAGCCGACGCAGAUAGAAGUUCAAGCCCCGGAGCUCGGAGGUGAUUCAAUCCUCUCACAUUUGAGCUAAUGGAGGUUGUCGCUGUGUCCCUGCCCAGGCUGAAGGGGGGCUAUUUCUGGCCUCUAUAAGAGAGCACAGGCUUACAGUAACAGCUGCACAUUUUUCAACCAACAAGGGGGGGUUGGAGGUGGAGGUGAUUUUUAUUUUUUAUUUUUCCUUCCUGUUUGUGCCUGAGAGAAUGUCUGCGGCCGGCUCAGCGGCCAGUGACUGACGAACUGGAAUGACGUCACGGCCUCCAGCAGCCGGCGGAUGGAUGCUCUCAGGAGUCUUACCGGGAAAGAGGUGCAGCUCCCGAGUUAUUUUUGGUCCAGUUAAUCCACUCGCACGUUUCUCCUAAUUAUUUUCGUGUGUGCUGGUAACAUGAUAUCUCUCACCGCAUCUCCCCCCUGCCUCCACCGCCGUCUCCACUUCAUCUCUGCCCCCAUCUUGGGAAUCAUCUCCCCCAGUUUCGCUGCCUCUAUCCUCAAUGUCUUUGGCUUCCCUUUAUCUCUUCCCUGUCCUGCUGUCUACUGAGACCGCGCCGCAUUAUUCCCCCACUGAAAAGGUCUAUACACAAUCCAAUCUACUCUUUAAGCCGCUCCUUAUCUGACUGGCAGGCCUACAGCUCAAUGCUUCACUCUCAUCCGUCCUUCCUCCUCUUCCUCCUCUUCGUUACUCUCUUUUCCAAACUCGGAGGCAGGCGUUUCUUUUGCGCCGUCCUCCAUCUUUGCCAGUGAUUGACGAAAAACGCCCUCCCGCUUUGCCCUUCAAACACACCGGAGGCGAGACUCUCCCCUAAGUCUGGGUCUCAGUUAAACACCUGCAUUCUGUACCUAUUGUCAUUUAGUGCCUGUAAACAAAGAAUUUCAAGGGUUAGCAUUAAUUGAAAGUACUGAAUUUUAUAUAUAAUGUAUUUUAUCAUUUGCAUUUGACUUCAUAUUUCAACCUUUAUAUCAAUGGACUGCAGACUUUUAUGAAAUAUCUCAGAUUAUGAACCCUGAUUGAACUGAGAUUACUCUGCCUGACAUUUUGCUUAUAUAUAAUUUAUUGGAAUCAUAAAAUCUUUUAGUAAAAUCGGAGUAGGCGAAAUAGACUUAAAGUUUAUCACAAUUUUUUGUGGUAUUAAAACAAUAAAAGUGACAGUAAGAACUAUUUAUUGAUUUGUUUUACAGUGUUUACUACAUUUUUUGUAUCGUUAACAAUAAGAUAAAUACACAUCCCUUGUUUUGAGGGACUUAAGUCUCCAAUUUGCUUCUUUAGGUCACCAGUCACAUAAAUAAGUGUAAUUUAUGUCAAUAAACUUCAAAUUGUCACAGCAUAUAAUCAUAUUUUCAAAUUUAUUGAUAUUCAGGCUUUCGGUGAAUAAACUGUGGGGAAACAUAUUAAAGCUAACAAUCCCAACAAAACAAACCAUUUGAAAGUUUCAAAAAUCAUUAACUGGAGUUUAUCAUGGAGCUGAAUCCAAAUUAUUAUCAUAAUAAAAAAAUGGAUCACAAUGAAUGAUAAAUGAUACAAUAAAUGCCCACCCUGACAGUAAACUACUUCAAAUUAUCAGUUGUCAAUGUAGGUCUGAAACGUCCUUGUGAUAAUUUGCCUGGAUGAAAUGUCCUGUACCAGAUGGGUCCUUUUGGGUCCAUCUCAUACGAAACGACCCAAACUGCAUAGUUACAAAAUGGCAAAGGUACUAAAUGAUCACCAACCACUUCCCCUUUGUCCCUGACCCUGUUUUGCCCUCCUUUUUUGCUGGUUUGAAAGCCAAACACAUUCCAACGCCCCCUACUGGCAGAGGAACACUCCUGCACUCAAGACGUCAAACAGAAACUUAUCCUUCAAGCAAGCUCUCUUCUGGUCCGUGUUUUAUGUAUAUGUGUUUCGUGUUACGGAGUGUUUAAAACAUAUAUUUGUUAUAAUUCCAAGCAAUGGCAGUAAGUGAAGCAAAUAAUGUUUUCUGGGGCAGUUUUUACAUGUGUACACACAUGGAGAAGAUGUUUACCAAAGCAGGAAAGAAAUGUAAUAGUACUCUAUAGAAUAUGCCGUUAUAAUUCUGGCCUUGUGUGUUAUGGCAGGUACUGUGUGGCUGUCUCUUGGGUGAAUUUUAUUCGGAGAUGGAAGAAAAUUGAGGUUGUGGUGCAGAGAGUGAGAGCGGAUAGCCUCAGAUUCAUCAUUACAUGGCUGGGGAGAAAAGAAAAACCACAGAGAAGGUGCCUGCUGUGGAAGCAAAGCUUUGCAGGAAGAGACUUAUCUGGCCUGUUAAGCCCUGCCAAAAAAUCUGUAUGUAUCACUACAGAUAGUCUGCUCUUCCCCCUAGAGCUUUUCUUUUAAAGGUGCUCCAUCCCAACCCUGAGCCAAAGAUGGAUCGUAAUCUGCGAGCUUGAUAUGCAGGACAGAUAGUGCAGACUUGAACUUUUCCCUGAAAAUUCAUAACAGAAAUAGGUGGUGCUGAAAUCCACACAUUCAUCUCCUUCACUCGUCGCUGUUUUUUAUCCAGUCAAAUGGAUUCGUUACAAUGUUUUCUUGUUUUCAAGCAAAGCCACACAGAUGCCUGACAUAACAUGAAUGAUAUUUACAUGCCUUGUAAAAUUAUUUAUAUGCGAUAUAAACUGUUUUAGCUAUAGUCUCUGAUUAACAUUUUGAUUUGAAACGACUGGAGCUUCUUAGAUUUUUUUCAAUGCUUAUAAUAAUUUAAGGAUGCUAACAUCUUUUUGACUCUGUAUGUUGUAAAGAGAACACAAGAAUAAAAGCCAAAAGCACAGCUGUUGAGCAGUAAACCCAGCUGAAAAUA